UCUUCCGGAUAUGUGAGCCGCUGUCCAAAUCCAAAAAUGUAAACAGAGAGACUACUGAGUAGUUUUAUCAGCAGUCUUCUCGCAUACAGCCGCUGCGAAAACCCUGAAUGUCUCAAAUAUCACGUUUCCAGUUUAGCUGUCGGUUACGUCAGUUCAUUAACAACUUAUGAGCAGUCUGAAGUUGUGGAGGAGUCCGGAUGACAGGUGAGGAGGAUACAGGUGAAGACAUGGGCUCUGUUCGCUGGGCUUUUCGCUGUGGGUCGUGGAUACCGAGCAGGUCCGACUGGCUGUUCGCUGCUCGAUGUGUCCAGCCGGAGGAAAAAGACAGAAUCGGACAGUUUGUGUUCGCAAAAGAUGCUAAAUCAGCCAUGGCUGGCAGGUUGCUGCUGAGGAGGUUUGUGUGUGAGAGGAUGCAGAUUCCCUGGUCAGAGAUCCGACUGGGCCGAUCUCCCAGAGGGAAGCCUUACCUGGCAGCACCGCUGAAGGUCCAUUCAGAUUCAGGCCCUGAGCUCCGGGCCUGGAGUUUCAACCUCUCCCACCAGGGGGACUAUGCUGUGCUCGCUGCAGAGCAGGGGAUGCAGGUCGGCAUAGAUAUAAUGAAGACCACCAUGCCAGGUACCAGCUCUGUGCCCGAGUUUUUCCGCAUCAUGACUCGUCAGUUUACAGCGUACGAGUGGAGCGUCAUCCAAUCAGCCGACUCGGAGCACCGGCAGCUUGCCGCUUUCUACCGCCACUGGGCCCUUAAGGAGAGCUUCAUCAAAGCCAUCGGCACGGGGCUGGGCUUCAACCUGCAGAGGGUGGAGUUUCAUCUGCCCUCUGAACCGCUAACACAGGGCCGGACACUGCGCCAGACCAAGAUGCAUCUAGAUGAAGAGGAACAAGAGGACUGGAUAUUUGAAGAGAGCUUGCUGGACGCUGAUCAUCAUGUUGCUGUGGCACUUGGACAAGCAGGCUCUGCACAUCUUCCUUCACCUCUUCCUCCUCCCACCACUUUCACGCUGCUGUCGUUCAGCGACCUCAUCGCCUCGGCCUCGCCUUUGACAGAGGAAGACCCCGCCUACUGGGACAGCUUCAAAAUGAAGACUGAAGCACCAAAGAGACAGAGAGAUACACACACAUCCACACCUGUCUCACACUGACACAUAAUACCUACACACACACACACAAACACCUUUCAGAAGUGCCAGAAAAAGAGACACAUGUACUGACACUGAAGCUGCUUUCUUAUUCAACACAAGUCCAGUCAAGUUUAUUUAUAAAACCCAAAAUCACAGGUUUGUCUCAGAGGACCUAAGAAACUAUACAGCAUAAGACACCAACUAUACUUAGAUACAUGUACUGUAUGUUCAGAGAAAGAAAAACUUAACUUUCUGUGGUGAACUGUAUGAAACUGCCUUUUAUAAAUAAAAAACCUAGUAUUAGCAGAUUAUGUCAUUUCAGGACA